UCAGGGAGCGCGCAGCGUGGCGAUCGGCGGUGCGCUGUGUCCCUCAGACACAUCGGAUCACCGAUCCACGGAAAGAGCCGAAGAUGUUGGCUCGGUCAUGUGAUCAGCUCUGUCCCAUCACAGCUGAUCACUGAUCAUCAGGACACUGAUGGUCAGUGUUCCCUGAUGAUCAGUGUGGCCCCAGAAGUGCCACCUGUCAGUGUCCAUCAGUGCCAGCUGUCAGUGCUGAACAGUGCCACCUGCCAGUGCCCAUCAGUGCCACACCAAUGCCACAUAUCAGUGCCUACCAGUGCAUAUCAAUGCCACAUAUCAGUGCCCAUCUGAGCUGCCUUUCAGUGUCACCCAUCAUGCCAGUCAGUGCCACAUAUCAAUGUCAAUCAGUGCCACCUAUCAGUGC